AUGCUUGGCUGGACUCGCAUUAUCGGACGGGCCACGAGCCAUGCGACACGAUUCUGUUCAUCCUCAUCGGCUGCAUCAGCAUUGCCUGAAGCACUCAAAGAACGGAUCCAGAAACUGGUCAAAGCCGAACCGGUGGUUGUUUUUAUGAAGGGAACACAACAGGAACCAAUGUGCGGAUUCAGCAAAAACGUAAAACUGGUAAGUAGUAUUAUCCACGUUUUCGCAGAUGAAACACCGCCCGGGAUAUCAGAGUCGAUGCCACAGGUUAGUGGUGUCUAG